GAGGCGGUAUGCACAUUUCACGCUGUGUAGACCGCCAUCUAAAGUAAAGUAGAAGAAGAAAUCACGGAAGCACAUGGUAACCAGAGUGGAGAUGUGUCGAUACAUCUCAACUGGAUAUUUAUUACAGUUUUCUUUAGUGUUAAUCUCCAGAUAUCAGCACUGACGUUGAAACGUGUUGUUUAGUUAUCAUUUUAACAUCCAGUUUUGUUUGCUAACGUGUAGCAAACAAGUAAAAAUUCACCAUGGUUCGAGAAAAAAGGAAAAUAAAGAUGCCAAAGGCAAAGAAGACAGUGCGAUAUGAUGAAGAUGACCCUGAAGCCUACAAGAACAUGCCUGUCCCUGAUAAAAAAUCGUCACAGUACACGAAGGACAAAAUUGAUGAGUUUCACGAUGAUAAGAUUGCAAAACUUCUCGCCAGCGGUGUUCAAAUGGAGAGCGACGAGGAGGAGAUGGAUGAUGAGGAGGAAGUAAUGGCCCUGGAUGAUUCGGAGUCAGAGGAGGAGGAGGAGGAGGAGGAGGAGGGGACAGACAUGGAGAGUGAUCUAGAGGAGAAAAAAGAAGACGAUCUUCCUAAUGAAAUGGCAUGGGGCACCAAGAAGAAGAUGUUCUAUGACUCCGACUAUGUGACGACCAAGGGGAAAAAGCAAGACGAGCUGGAAGCUGAGGAACAAGAGGAAGAAGAAGAGGCUAUAAAUGUCCAAAAACGUUUAGCUGCAAAUCUGAGCGAGGAGGAUUAUGAUUUAAACUUCUUUCAGGAAUUUGCUGUGGAGGAAAAGGAUGAAGGCAAGACUGUGGAAAAAGAAGAGAGGAUUGUGAAAGACCUGAAGCAAAUGUCCCAAAAGGAAAAAAUGAAACUUUUGAAAAAGGAGUCACCAGAGCUGCUUGAACUUAUUCAGGACUUCAAGGCAAAGCUUAAUGAACUGAAGGAUGAGCUGCAGCCUCUUGUACAGAUGGUCAAGGAUGGAAAGAUCCCACCAGGAAAAGGUGCCGACUACCUCAAGACAAAACAGCAACUGUAUCUCAAUUACUGCACAAACAUCAGUUUCUACUUGGUGCUGAAAGCAAAACGAAUCCCCGCUCAUAACCAUCCUGUGAUUGAAAGACUGCUCACCUACAGAAAUCUCAUCAAUGAACUAAGUUCAGUAGAUGCUCGACUUGCACCUCAGUUUCGCAAGCUGCUAGCUGGGGAGGAGAACGAUAAGGCCAGCAGACCAGCAGAGGGCAAGAAGACCAGAGUCUCCAAGAAGAAGGAAACGGAUUCUGCAGAAACGAUGCCGGAGGUUGAGGAGGACUCAGACUCUGACCUGGACGAGGAAGCGGCUCUGCGUUUCUAUAGAGAGGUGGAGGAGCGGUCAAAAUUAAAGAGAAAGGGAAAUGACCCAGAAGUUGAAGAGUUGGAGCUGAAAGCAGAUGUGGAGCAAGAUCCAGAUGCUAAGAGACGAAUCACUUAUGAGAUGGCCAAGAACAAGGGCCUCACACCAAAGAGGAAGAAGAUUGACCGUAAUCCCAGAGUCAAGCACAGAGAGAAGUUCAGACGAGCCAAAAUCCGCAGAAAGGGCCAGGUGCGUGAUGUCCGUCGGGAGGAGACUAGAUACAGCGGAGAGCUGUCUGGUAUUCGUGCUGGUGUCAAGAAGAGCACCAAACUUAAGUAACCGAGAGAGAGUCCAGUACAUGCUGUGGAGCCAUGGGGUUGAAAAAAAGCCAAUGGACUGUACUUGUAAAUGUUUAUUAUAGGUGUGUAGUAAAGCAUGUCACUGAUUUAUUCAACUGUCAGUCUUUGAUGUAGAAAAGACAUCAACAUUAUUUUACUGUUCUAGAUUAUUACGCAAUGUGAAUAAACAUUUAAUAAACUUUCUAUAGCUUG